CAAUUGCACAGUGUACGAAUUUGGCGGUGGGAAGGUCGCACAUAGAACGGCCACAACACAGAAAUGCCCAUCAUUUAACUUCUAUUCUCAACCACUCAUCCCUAUUUAUUUAAUGAUUUUCAUUCUUUCCCGUGUAUAAUUAAUUAUAUAUUGUUUAAUUUGUUAUAUCCUAAUAUACGACGUCCUUUCUAACAAAACUCUACUACAUCUACGCUUCUGCGCGGAAAUUACCCCGAAUCGAAUAAUCCAGAAAAGAGAAGGGAAGGGAAGAAGCAACAGAGUGGCUUACCUGUCGUUCUCGGCUGAUCGAUUCAGUCAUAUAUAAAAAGGAAGGAAAGGCAUCACAAGUACCGGAGCCGAUUGUGGAUCUUACCAUUACAUUCGUGUGGUAGACUCCGCCAAAUCUCUUAAACGGAACCAAACUUUGAAUUGCUACCAUCACCAAGCUAAGGGGAAAGGACUCCUAAGAAAUGAUCUUGCCUCAAGCACAAAGACCAUGAAGUUUACAGCACCUUCACAGUUCUCUGUGAGGGUGUCAAAACCAUCGAGUACACUUCAGCUAUUGCUUGGCAUCAACCAAAAUUCUUCGCACCACCAAGAGCUAUAGAACCAAUACCAAUGGCCUCACCAGCGCCAUCUGUCCCCGAUACUCAACUCGGCCUAACAGCCGACGAAAUUGCUCUUCUCCGACAUCAUCAAUCUCAAGCCGCCGCAACCGCAGGGUCAAAUUCUUCUCGUGCAGCCUCGCGAGCCUCAUCCCAAGGUCUCCUGCUCCUCGAUACAACUUCCCUCGCAGCACUCGGACGACACUUCGAUCAUCUCAUCUCACAAAUCGCCGCAAGACUCGAGUAUCUAUCUGAACAAUCUGCGAUUGUAGCACAGCAACAAUACGAUAGCGCGGGGAAUGCGAUUGCGAUGGCGGAUGCGGAGAUCGCGCGGUUUCAUGAAAUUCUCAGGCAGAUUGAUGAGCUGGAAUUGGAUUUCGAUCGCAUUCGGCAUAUUAGGGAUAUUGUGAGGGGGUACAGACAGAGGGUGGAGGAAAUGGAACAAGCGGUGGAGAGAGGCGCUAGUGCGCAUAUGAGCGGAAGUAGACACAGACAUAGGGUUCCUCAGGAGAGCUCUGGUAGUUCGAGAAGACAUCGGAGAUGAAAUUGCUGGACAUAUAACACCUUUUGAUGGACGAGAACUAAGAACUUUCAGUGUUGGUCUGGAUCAUGAUAUACUGGACCAAAUUAUAAUAUAAUGGAGGCGAAGGAGGAGUGAGGGAUACGAUUCUUUUAUUUUAUUUUACCUUCAGGGAUUAUACGUGGGAUACCAAUGGAGAACUAGGCUCGGACAGGACAUAUUGUACAGAAGUAUUUGCCUCACGGCUGGAGAAGGAAUAGCCUCACGGCCGGCGUUCAAUUUUGGAUUCUUUGAAUUGAUUUUUUCCAAUAUCAUUUCCUUUGUGAUUAGCUUCAGUGAGUGCCCACAUUUCGAUAUAGGAGAAACUAUCAAAUGUCAAAUAUUUAAGUUUGAGAGUCUUUAUUUCACGAGUGGGAGGGAGGCCGCGCAAACGAUUGAUUUAUCAUUCUGAAAGUGUAUUUUGAAUUGAAUAUAUCUACUCUGUUAGUGAGGGCAGGCAA